AUGGCGUCCUCGCCGAGUUACCACCGCGCAGCUCCACCCGCAUCUCGCGCCUCUCCCAGCCCACACUCGCCGUUCUUUGCGCCGCCAGAGCGUUCCAACUCGUCGGCGAGCGCAUUCUCGUUCGGACAGCCCGCGAGCGAGUCGUUCACCCUCAACUCGGAGGAUCACCGCUUCUCGCCCUCGCUCGCCUCGUCCUUCGGCGCCGUCAGCAGCGCACGGCCGUACCCGACACUCGAGCAACGCUCCUUCCGCGAUUCGUCGCUGACGGGCGACGUCGUCGUGCCGCGCGACGAGCGUCAGAACAGCCUGAGUGCCAGCAUGCGAGGCGGUCAGGCGGGAGCGAUUGGAGAAGGUCGCAAGUCGAGCGUUGGAGCGAUUGGUGAUGGUCGCAAAAUCACACCAUCGUCCACGCCAGCGGUCGAGCGCAGGGAGGAGGAGCUUUUGUUGGGAUUGCCGAGCGGGAUCUUCGACGCAAACGGCUCGCUCGCAGCGCCUGGGUCUUCGAAUGGCGCGGCAUCCGAGCAGGGACAGAAGAGCCGGCCUUCAUCCUUUAUUCUCGACGUCUUGCCGCAGACGAGGGAGAGGAGCGGACCGCCAACGCCGUCUCUUUCGCUCGAUGGCGUCUCGCAGCCUGCACCGACUGUCGGCGUCGAUUUCCACACCCUCCCUUCGCCUCACUCGCUUGCGCCUUCGACCUACCUGAACCAGACCGCCGCAUCCUCCACCGCCUCCCUUUCUCUCUCUUCCAGCGGCCACAACCUCUUCACCAAUUCCUCGCGUACAUCGUCGCCCGGGCCGCUCGACAACAACGGCCUCUCCUUUGAGACACUCGCCACAAAGGUCAACACGCUCGAAGGCACCGUCUCAGGCUUGUCGAACCUGAUCGCAACCGAGUUUCGCUCCUUGCGGGAAGAGGUCGGCCUCCUGCGCUCCCUCGUCUUCCAGCAACAGCAGAACCAGCCGUCUUCGGCGGCGAUGGGCGCUCGCGGCUCAGUGGAACGACCAGGCGCCGAGUCUCCCGUCCUUACACUCCGCUCGCCGUCGCCUCACCCGCCGCCAGCCUUUGCGCAACCCAUUCCCCUCUCCCGCCCCUCCUUCACCGCCUCGAGCGCGUCACUCCUUGCGCAGCCCGCAACCUCGCCGGGCGCCAUCUCACCUCGUUCCGCUGCAGGCGGCUUCUUCGGCGCCGACCUCGAACGCCAGCCGUCGCAGUCGAACGAGAACAGCACUGUCGCCGACCAGCUCAAGGAUGAGCAGAUCAAGCUCCUCACGGCGCAGGUCAACUCGCUUUCGACGACUGUCUCGCAUCUCCUCGCCAACCCCGGACUCGCAGCGGCCGCAGCGUCGCCGACCGGUCACGCACCGAUGAGGGGCAUGUCGCUCCCGCUCGGGUCGCCGGCGCUGGGUCUCUCUGGCUCCGCAACAGGACUCGGAAUCGGCGGUGGAAACGGUCCUGUAGGAGGAUCAGGUCGCCCCGCCGCCAUGCUUCGUACCGCUUCGGGAAGCGGCCUUGCGCGCACGGCUAGCAUGCGCAGUGCGUCCGCCAGCGGUCCUUCGGGACUGCCGAACGGCUCGAUGGACGUCAACUCUGUCACAUCGGCUUCGGCGUGGGACGGCGGGAUGAGCUCGCCUAUGAUCGGUUCGGGUCCUGGAGGAGCGAGUCCGAUGUUGGGCAGCAACCCGCCUGGAAGCUUGGGCAGCAAGUGGGAGGUCUUGGGCGUGGGAAAUGACCUGUUCCGCGCAGUCGCCAAGUACGGACUCGGCCCGCCUACGAAGAUCCAGGGCAAGGCCAUCCCGGCAGUCGUCCGCGGUCAGGACGUCGUCGCGCAGGCCCCGGCGAUCCAGGAGCGCAUCCAGUGCUACGUCGUCCCAGCGAUCCAGCUAGUCUACACCCACGCAAACCUCGCGGCUCAGCUCGCUGCGGCCGAAGGCACGGCACCGACGUCGCCAGGUGUGCAGGUCGUCAUCGUCACCGCAACGGUCGACCAGGCUGCGCAGGCUCAGCGUCUCGCCGUUGGACUCGGCAGUGGACUCGGGAUCAGGACUUCGCUCUGCGUUGGCUCGAGCCACGACAUCCAGUCCGAGCUGCAGACCCUCCUCAAGGCGCCGCCACACAUCCUCGUUGGCACGCCGCAGAAGUUGCUCGACCUCUUCUCGCUUCGCACCUUGCCGACCGCCUCGAUCCGCCUCCUCGCCAUCGACGAGACCGAUCAGCUCAUCGCACGCAACCUCUCCGACCACGUCAUCAACAUCGCUCGCCUCUUGCCUGCGACCAUCACUGUCCCCGUCUCGUCAGGCGGCGGCUUCACGGCUUCGUCGCCUGUGAUGAGCCGCACGCCUCUUCCCGGCAGCAACGGAGGCUUCGACUCGCCCUUCUCGGCGCCCAUGUCUCGCUUCGGCAGCACGGGCGGACCGACGUCGUCGCAAGGCGGACCUCCCCCGACGCUCUCGACUGUCGAGCGCCAGAUGGCCAUCUUCAGCUGCACCGUCCCGCAGGACGUGCUCAACUUUGCGACGAGCAUGCAGCUGAAGGAGCCCGUCAAGGUGCUCGUCAGGAGGGAGAACGCAGAAGGAGGAGGCGCGAGUCCGAGCAUGCGCAGCGCCAAGCACUUUUACAUGUACCUCGCCGUCGCCUCGAAUCCCGCCGCGCAGAGCAAGGCUCCCGGUGCCGGUCGCCACGAAGCCAGCGGCUCGCGCGAGUGGAAGCUCGAGGCGCUCGCCGACUUCUGCGAGGACUCGAACUUUGAGCACGCCGUUAUCUUCGCCUCGUCGCUCGAGUCGGUCGAGGCCGUCACGUACAAGCUCGGCAACCGCGCGAUCGACGCGCUCGCGCUGCACUCGGAGAUGGGCCCCUCGGCUCGCCAACAGACCAUCGCCAAGUUCCGCUCGCUCGCGCCGAACCGUCCCGGUCUCUCGUCGAAGCGCGUCCUCGUCGUCUACGACGCCUUGAGCAAGUCACUCAGCGACGUCGGGCAGGUCCCGCUCGUCAUCAACUUUGACAUGCCGAGGGCCGUGGAGGACUACGUUCACCGGAUUGCCUGCGCGUCCGGCCAUAACAAGAACAGCAUGGUCCUCAACGUCGUCACGCCGAACGAGGUCGAUUUGCUCCGCUCAAUCGAAUCCUUCUUCCGCGUUACGAUCCGCGAGCUUCCGCCCAACUUUGCGUCCGUCUAG